CUGCUGCUGGGCCGUGGCUGUUCUCCACCGGCGAUGGGGAAAGGAAUAACGGUCGGCAGGGAGUGGCGGUAAACCGAGGCGAGGUGGGCGAACGAAGGACACCGCUCGCCGGGCUCUUCAGUCAUUUGCCAGCGGACGGGUAUGAAUUGCAGCAGUUCAUUGAAGUUGUUAUCCUCUUUGGAAACUGUAAUCAUGACAGCGGAGGAGACUAUCAAUGUUAAAGAAGCAGAAAUAAUCAAGCUAAUCUUGGAUUUUCUUAAUUCAAGGAAACUCCAUAUUAGCAUGUUGUCUCUUGAGAAAGAGAGUGGGGUCAUAAAUGGACUCUAUUCAGAUGACAUGCUUUUUCUCAGGCAGCUAGUGCUUGAUGGCCAUUGGGAUGAAGUGCUUCAAUUCAUUCAGCCUCUGGAGUGCAUGGAAAAAUUUGAUGGAAAAAGGUUCCGGUACAUUAUAUUAAAACAAAAAUUUUUGGAGGCCUUGUGUGUCAACAAUGCAGUGUCAGCAGAUGAUGAGCCUCAACAUCUGGAAUAUACAAUGCAAGAGGCUGUGAAGUGUCUCCAUGCAUUAGAGGAAUAUUGUCCCUCCAAGGAAGACUACAGCAAACUCUGCUUAUUGCUUACCCUUCCUCGGUUAACAAACCAUGCAGAAUUUAAGGAUUGGAACCCCAGCACCGCUCGUGUCCAGUGCUUUGACGAAGCCUGUGUUAUGGUGGCAGAGUUCAUCCCUGCUGACAGAAAGCUGAGUGAAGCUGGUUUCAAAGCCAGUAAUAACAGACUAUUUCAACUGAUCAUUAAAGGUUUACUAUAUGAGUCAUGUGUAGAAUUUUGUCAGAGUAGAGCCACUGGUGAAGAGAUCAGCGAGAGUGAAGUACUGCUUGGAAUUGAUUUACUCUGUGGAAAUGGAUGUGAUGAUCUUGAUUUGAGUCUUCUCUCAUGGCUUCAAAAUUUGUCACCCAAUACUUUCUCAUGUGCCUUUGAACAGAAGGUUUUGAAUAUCCACACAGAUAAACUUGUGAAACCCACAAGGUCAUCGUACACAGAUAUUUUAACACCUCUAAUUAAUAAAUUGUCUCCUUAUCCAUCAUCUCCAAUGAGGAGACCACAGUCUGCUGAUGCAUACAUGUCACGUUCCUUGAACCCUGCAUUGGAUGGGCUCUCUUAUGGACUGACUAGUCAGGAGAAACGUAAUGCUGAUUUAGUUAACAGAAGUUCUCCAAUGUCUCAUUCAUUUGCUAAUUUUCAUUAUCCUGGCACACAAAACCUUUCCAGAAGUCUCUUGCUGGAAAACACAGAUUGUCACAGCAUAUAUGAGGAAUCACCAGAAAGGACAGAUUCCCCAGUGCCAAGGGUUCAACAUUCAAGUGGUAGUGGUGAAACUUCAAUUCAGGAUGAAGCAUCCCUAUGCAAUUCGAUAGGUGCUACACCAAAUUCAGCAACCCCAAAAGUGGAGAAGAAUGAGCAGAGGGAAUCUACUGAUCAAUUUCAGGAGUACUGUCGACAGCGAAUGCGCUACCAACAACAUUUGGAGCAAAAGGAGCAACAAAGGCAACUAUACCAGCAGAUGUUAAUGGAAGGUGGAGUCAAUGAAGAAGAUGGAGCAGGCCAGCAACAGAACCUUACAGAGCAGUUCCUCAGCAAAUCAAUGCAAAAAUUGGAAGAAUUGAAUCUAGGAAUGGACAGCGUUAGCACAGAGGCACAGUCUCCUAAUCAACAAUGUAAAGGAAACCAGCCAAGUGCACAAAAUGACUCUUCAGCUGCCAAUUCGGUAACACCUCUUGAAGUUCGUCAGCAAGGUUCAGGACUACCUAACAGCACAAAUACUCCAAUUAAAUCCAACACAGGAAAUGCAUUUUCUCAUAACGAGACAGCUUCAUUCUUUUCUAAGGCAGAUUCUUCUGCUUCAACAGAUCUUGCAGUAAGUCCACCGAUGGCAGAAAACGUUUCUGUCAGUGGAACAAAGAAUGAAGAGGAAGAUAGAUCCAAAAAGCAGUUCAUUGCCAUUAAUACUCUUGAAGAUACUCAAGCCAUAAGAGCAGUAGCAUUCCACCCAAGUGGAACUCUCUAUGCAGUUGGUUCAAAUACCAAAACUUUGCGUGUCUGUGCGUACCCAGACAUUAUUGACCCAAGUGCAUACAGUUCACCUAAGCAACCUCUAGUAAAGUUUAAAAGGAACAAGCACCACAAAGGUUCAAUUUAUUGUGUGGCCUGGAGUAAGUGUGGACAACUAUUAGCGACUGGAUCAAAUGAUAAAUAUGUGAAAGUGCUGCCAUUUAGUGCAGAGACAUGCAAUGCUACAGGUCCUGAUUUGGAGUUCAGCAUGCAUGAUGGUACAAUCCGCGAUCUUGCUUUUAUGGAGGGUCCAGAAAGUGGAGGUGCAAUCUUAAUCAGUGCUGGUGCUGGAGAUUGUAAUAUUUAUACUACAGACUGUCAGAGAGGCCAGGGAUUGCACGCACUCAGUGGUCACACUGGUCAUAUUCUUGCACUGUAUACAUGGGGAGGAUGGAUGAUUGCAUCUGGCUCACAAGACAAGACUGUAAGAUUCUGGGACCUGAGAGUGCCCAGUUGUGUCCGUGUUGUUGGAACAGCAUUUCAUGGAUCAGGCAGUGCUGUUGCUUCUGUGGCUGUAGAUCCAAGUGGACGACUUCUAGCUACAGGGCAGGAAGAUUCCAGCUGCAUGCUGUAUGAUAUUCGAGGAGGGAGAGUGGUACAAAUUUACCAACCACAUAGUAGUGAUGUACGUUCCGUGAGGUUUUCUCCUGGAGCUUACUAUCUACUUACAGGAUCUUAUGACACCACUGUAAAAGUUACAGAUUUGCGAGGAGAUCUAAUAAAGCCACUUCCUACAACAGUAGUAUCUGAGCAUAAGGACAAAGUUAUCCAGUGUAGAUGGCACACUGAAGAUCUGUCCUUCUUAUCUUCAUCUGCUGACAGAACGGUGACCCUCUGGACUUACAAUAACAGUUGACUAGUUGAUAUCAAUGCAGACAAAGCACAAUUGUAACUGUAAUUUGAGAAAUAAAAUGUUGGCAAUCAAAUUGAUCAUUAUGUAACUGACCAGUCAAACAUAUAAAAGAACACAGAUCAAUAUGCGCUGCUGUUGAAAUUAAAUGGAACUGUUGUCUGUGUUUGUAUUAUGCUGUGCUUAAGUCUUCCACAUGUGAUCAUACUGUCACUGAAGUCUGUUACCAAAUGCACACAAUGACUGAAUCAAGUGAGACAGAUAUUCAUUUAGUAUUUAUAAUACAUCUUGUUCAUUGUGCCAGUGACUAAUAUAAAAUGCUGCCUGAGUAUUAUAGAUUGAAUUAUCGGUUGUACAGUUUAAUUUUACAUGAACUGACAGCUAAUCAUUUAAACACUAAU